GAAAGUACUGAUUGUAAGAUGAAUUGUACAAUCUCAACAUGUAGAGGAUCUAAUGGCAAGCUUCAACGUUAUUGUCCUGUAGGAUUUUUUUUUAACACAUCAUUUGGUGGUUGUCAAGAUAUCAAUGAAUGCCUGAUAAAUUGCAAGUAUGACAGAUCUAUAUGUAAAAAUCUGAUCGGGUCGUUUAACUGCUCAUGCCCUAAAGGAGCUGUUUUCAACUCAUCUACUCGAGAUUGUGAAGUUAUAUCUUGUGCAAAAGGUGUGUUAACUAUUGAUUUGGAUUGGACUAAUCUGUAUUCUAAUAACUUAUCAGAAGUAUAUAUAAACCUUGCAGAGUCUUUAAAAGUUCAAGUGCAGUCAAGUUUUACUUUACUUAGUAUGAAAAAUGUUGUUGUUGAAGUUCAAGGCUUUUAUAAAAGCAAUCUAGAUACUGUGGCAUUGAUUGAUGUAUAUUUCUCAAACAUUCCAGUUAGUAAUCAAUUAAAAAACUGCCAACUUAUGAAGAACAUGAGUUUUGGAUUGGUUCCACUUAAGAUUAUAAAUGCUGUUUUAAGACCUUGUGAUUGUUGUGUUGAAGACACAGUUGGUACACUGAAUUUUACUGGGAUUUACACCUUUCCAAUCACAUUAGUAAAAAUGAACUCUAUACAAACAGUAUCAAUUUCAUGUUUAUACAAUACAAGUAUAAUCUUUAAUCGUCAGUGCAUUCGGGGUGGUCUGGCUACCAGCCCAUAUUGGAGUACGGCUAAUCUAGCAAAUUGUCCUCCUAAGUUCAAAACUUCUAAUGACCUUAUAAAAUUACAAUUAGAAACUAUCACAGCCUCAAAUGUUGAACAAAUCACAAAUAACUUAAAAACUAUAUUAGAGAAUGGAACCAUUACAAAUGAGUAUGACAUUAAUAUUGUGUACAAUAUAGUUAAAAAAGUUGUCAAUUCAAACUUGCUAUCUGAAAUGGUUACGAAUAAUGUAUUAUCAUCAGUUGAUAUACUUCUAAAUACAAGCCCUGAUUUGAUUGACGUUACAGAUAAAUAUUUCAACUUCUCAACACAGAUUUUAUAUACAUUGGAAACACUUGGUGCACUGCAAACAAAAAACAUCACAAUUUCAAAGACAAGCUUGGCUUUUACAUCUUUUAUCCCUCAAAAUCCUGAAUCAUUGUUCAUUUAUGCAAAUUUCAAUGGAGAUAACUUGAAUUUAUCUAUUAAAAAAGAAGAUCAAAGGAGUAUUUCUGAAAAUCUCCAAGCUUAUAUUUUUUUACCAGCUCAAAUAUUCAAGGGUAAUAGCGGAAAUGUCUAUUCAUAUGCUUUCAAAAAAAAGACUUUCUUCAAAGAAAGUGAAACUACCAAUUAUUUUGUAGACAGCUUAAUUCUCUCUGCAACAGCCAAUGGAUUAAAGGUAGAAAAUGCAACUACUCUGAUUGGUGUAGGCUUUAAUAGUAUUGUUAGUGUUAGCAAAAGGUGUGGUUUCUGGAAACCAGAAAUUAGCAAAUGGUCAUCUGAUGGCUGCCACACUGUUGCAAGCAAUUUAAAAGACUUUGUGCAAUGUGAAUGUAACCAUCUUACUAACUUUGCAUUGAUUUUGGAUAUUGAGCAAUCAGGAUAUAACCCUUUAGAACUUCAAAUUGUCACUUGGAUAGGUUGUGUCAUUUCCAUAAUUUGUUUGUUUAUUACAAUGAUUUUCCAUAUAGCAAAUAGGAAACUUAGAUCACAGCUUGCACCAAAAAUAUUAGUGGCACUUUCUACUAAUUUAAUGCUCACACUAAUCCUCUUCUUAGCUUUUGUUGAAAAAACAAAGCCUCCUGCAAUAUGUAAAGUGGUUGCUUCACUUAUCCAGUUUUUUCUUUUAUCAACAUUUUGCUGGAUGUCUGUUGAAGCAUUUAACCUUUAUCAAAUGUUUGUCAAAGUUUUUAGAGGUUCUUUAAGUUCAUAUAAGUUUUUGUUGAAAUCAGCAGCAUUUGCUUGGGGUGUACCACUUAUUGUAACAGUUACAACAGGUGUCGUAAAACCUGAUGCUUUAGGUCCAGCAACCAAAAAUAAGCCUCAAAUAUGCGUUGUCCAAGGCGUUCCAUUUUAUUUUGCUGUUCUGUUACCGGUAUGUAUUGCUCUUUUGAGCAAUAUUAUAAUCCUUGUGUUGGUUCAAAAAGGAAUUGCGCUUUCUUCAAAAUUGACUGAAGGUCAUUCAUCGAAAAAAAAUCCUGGUUUUACUAAUGUUAGAAUAGCUUUUGGGUUUUCUAUUUUGAUUGGUGUAACUUGGCUGUUUGCAAUUUUAGCUGUUGGAAGUUUUCGGAAUAUAUUUCAAUGGUUGUUUUGUAUUUUUAACUCUUUGCAAGGAUUUUUUAUCUUUGUAUUCUAUACUCUGCGAAAUAGCGAGUUAAAGAUAUGCUGUAAGAAAUGCUGGACGUUUAAUAUCAAAAGUUAUUUGACUUCAUCUUCAACUCAAAGCAUUCCAAAUCAAAGCAUGACAAUAUUUGAUCAGAGUUCUUCUAAUUUGGACAACACAAUACAUUCUUUGUAAACUGUGCGACAAAAUUAAACUGGUUUUCUCUGUUCACAAAGUUUAUGUUUUUUUUAAUGUUCAUAUGGUGUCUU